AUGGAAGAUGAUGAAGAUGUCCCAACUCUCUCUGCCGAAACCUUUGCAGCUCUGCAAGAAUUUUAUGCAGAACAACAGAAAAGACAAGAAAUUCUUAGUAAAUUGGAAGCUGAUAAUAAAUUAAAUGAAAACAUAAUAUUUGAAGAAAAUUGGCAAUUAAGUCAGUUCUGGUAUGAUGAGGCGACUGUGCAAACUCUAGUCAGAAGUGUAGACAAAAUAUUACCUGAUGGUGGUAAAGUUGCACUCAUAUCAUGUCCAACACUCUUUGUUCCUGUUAAAAGACAGAUCGGAGAAAGGGCAAAAGUAACCCUUUUGGAGUUUGACAGAAGAUUUGAAGUACAUGCACCAGAUUUUGUCUACUACGAUUACAACUUUCCAGAAAAACUACCCGCAGGCUUAGAGAAAACAUAUGACUUGGUUGUGGCUGAUCCACCAUUUCUGUCAGAUGAAUGCAUUUCUAAGACGGCGCAGACAAUAAAAUUAUUGGCUAAGGAGAAAAUUAUAGUAUGCACUGGUGCUAUUAUGAGAAAUCAAGUAGAAAAACUAUUAGAUUUGAAACUUUGUCAGUUUCAACCUCGCCAUAGAAACAACUUAGCAAACGAAUUUUCUUGCUAUGCAAAUUUUGAUUUUGAUACAGUUCUUCAAUGA